AUGAAAAAUGCGAGGGAGCGGGACAUGAUCAGCGCCAUCUGCUUUGAAAUGGAGGCAGCAGGACUCAUGAAUGAAUUCCGGUGCAUUGUCAUUCGCGGGGUUUCUGAUUAUGCAGACUCGCACAAGAACGAUGUAUGGCAUCCUUAUGCCGUCGCCGCUGCUGCCGCCGUCGCCAAGGAGCUACUAUCGUAUCUCGAAGCAUCAAAGACUACCGUUCAAUUAUCUCCGGUGGCCGCUGCCCUAGAAGCCUUCUACACUGAAGGAAGGCGCCUUGCGAUUCAACACAUUUCCGGCCAGCCACUCCCAAUGAGCCACUGUUUCAUCAACCUGGCAGUGGUGAAGCGCUCACAACACGUCAGCAAGCAGCCACGGUCCCGGCCCGAACGACCGUUCGAGACACCUCCGAAGCCGAAACGCAUUCUGACCGAAGGACGGGCUGGGGUAGGGAAAUCGACGCUCUGCAAAAAGAUUAUUUUCGAACUCAUUCACCAUCACCUGUGGAAGGACCUUUUCGAUUGGGUCUUCUGGGUUCCUUCGCGGAACCUGAGACGAAAAUCACAAACGAUGACUGCAUAUAAUACGGAAAACAUGUUCUACGAGGAAUACUUCUCACAGCAGCCUGAUGGCAAAGCACAGGCUCACGCGUUAUGGCUGACUGUCAAUGAACCUUGCGUCUGUGAAUGGGUGCUUUUCAUCCUGGAUGGCCUCGACGAGGUCUCGCGGGAAUGGGACAUGGGCACGCCGAUGCACGAGUUUGUGUCCCAUCUUUUAGAGCAGCCACAAGUCAUCAUUACGACGAGACCUCGCCCGUCUGAUCAUAUUGAUAUCGGGGCCGUUGAUCUGGAGCUGGAGGCUAUUGGAUUCCGCUCCAAGCAGGUGAAGGAAUACAUUCGCAACACAGAGAUAGUGCCGGACAUCGGCGUUUCAAGAGAGAUUGAGUCAUUUCUACAGGAUCACGCUCUGCUGCAAAGCCUCGUCCGAAUUCCGAUCCAGCUAGACGCAUUGUGCUACAGCUGGGAGCGAAAUAUUUGGGGCGACAGACCGCAGACAAUGACCAGUCUCUAUCAAUCAAUCGUCUCAAAGAUCUGGAGAAAGGAUAUCCUACAGCUAGGUAUCCGAGACGAUCAAGGGCACCGGCUCACGGAAGGGGCAGUAGAAGACAUCCACCAGCUCGACAUUGAAAAUUACGUUGCGAAGGAAAUUAACCUCAUCGAGGGCCUUGCAUUUCAUGGACUUGCUAAUGAUACCAUUGAAUUUCAAAAAGAAGACCGAGCAUCUAUAUGCAGACUAUUAAAACAGCAUGAGGAAGAGCUCCCACGUAUGAGCGAACGUGUACGCCGCAAAGUAUCAUUCUUGCGCACAUCGGAAGACAAUGCUCACAAUAGCCGACACAGCUUACAACUUUCUGCAUCUGACCUUCCAAGAGUACUUCGCGGCACGUUAUUUUGUCAGGCACUGGACACGCGACAAGCCUCUUCCUUGUAA